AUGGCGGCCCCGGGACCCCCCGGGAUCCCCCGGGACCCCCGCCCAGCUCCGGUGCCGGAGCCGCUUCCGGGUGCGCGCCAAAAUGACGUCACAGCGUCGGGACACGCCCAUCUCCCGUUGGACACGCCCCUUUCGUUGUCCCUCGCCCGUUCGGCGGGGAGGCCACGCCCCUUUCCGGGUGUGGGCGUGGCCACGCCCGCCGUGCCCCCCGAGCGCGCAGGGCGCCCCCCAGCGGCGCCGGGCGCCAGCGCCCCCCCCGGCCUUGGGGGAGGGGAGGGGGCGCACACGGGACCCCUCCCCAGCCCGGGGGGGGGGGGGGGGGGGGGGGGGGGGGCGGCCAGCCUGCGGCGGGAGGCCCGGCUCUACGCCCGCCUGCGGCACCCCAACGUGGUGGCGCUGCGGGCCGUGUGCCUGGAGCCCCCCCACCUGUGCCUGGUGAUGGAGUUUGCGGCGGGGGGGCCGCUCUCCAGGGCGCUGGCCGGCCGCAGGGUGCCCCCCGCCGUCCUGCUGGACUGGGCGCGCCAGGUGGCCCGGGGGAUGCGGUACCUGCACUCCGGGACCCCCGUGCCCCUCAUCCACCGGGACCUCAAGUCCAGCAAUGUGCUGCUGGCACAGCCCGUGGUGGGCGAUGACGUGAGCGGCAAAACGCUGAAAAUCACCGAUUUCGGGCUGGCCCGCGAGUGGCAGCGAACCACCAAGAUGAGCGCGGCCGGCACCUACGCCUGGAUGGCCCCCGAGGUGAUCCGGGCAUCCACCUUCUCCAAGGGCAGCGACGUCUGGAGUUACGGGGUGCUGCUGUGGGAGCUGCUGACCGGGGAGGUGCCGUACCGGGGCAUCGACGGGCUGGCCGUGGCCUACGGCGUGGCCGUGAACAAACUGACCCUGCCCAUCCCGUCCACCUGCCCCCCGCCCUUCGCCCAGCUCAUGGCAGGUACGGGGGCGGGGGUGCCCCAGGAGCUGCGCAGCCGGGAGGAGGCCGUGGCCAGGGCCUCGCGGGCGCAGCGCUGCCAGGCCGAGGCGCUGCGGCAGCGCGAGGCCGCCGUGGCGCGCCGCGAGCUGGAGGUGCUGGAGAGGGAGCUCAGCCUCAUGCUCAGGGGGCCCCCCCGGCCCCCCCCGGCCCCCAAGAGACGCCGACCCCCCUUUCGGAGGCCACGGAAACCCGCGGAUCUCAUCGGGAUGCCCCAGGAUUUCAAGCACCGCCUGACGGUCCAGGCGUCGCCCGGGGGGGACCCCCGGAGCCACGACCCCGAGGAUGGGCCGGGGGAAUCCCCCCCCUUCCCCCGCCUGCGCGCCAUCCAGCUGGAGCCCGAGGAGGAGGAGGAGCCGCCGCGGGGCCGCGGGGCGCGGGGCAGCGCCCCCAAUGGCAGGCGCCGCCUGCGCCCGGACGAGACCACCUGGUACCUGGACACGGAGGAGCUGAGCCCGGGGGACGCGGCCCCCAACGGCGAGGCCGGGCCCCCGGAGGCCGAGGAGGGUCGGGGGUCUCGGGGAGGGACCCCCCGGCUGCUGCGGCGGGCGCUGCUGAAGGGCUCGGCCCUGCUGGCGUCGCUGGGGCUGGGCCGGGAGCUGGCGACCCCCGACUCCCCCCGCAGCCCCCCGCCCUGUCCGCGGGGCCGCGCCGGGCCCCGCCCCCCGCCGAGCCCCGCCCCCGAGACCCCUUCACCGACCAAUGAGAGCGCCCGCUGAGCCUUGGACCCGCCCCCGCCACCCUCCGGCGACCAAUGAGCGGCCGCGGCGGGCGGAUUGACAGCAGCAAGCCCCGCCCGCACCGCAAGCCACGCCCCGCCGGGGCGUGAUUGACAGCUGCGGAAGCGGAAGCCCCGCCCACGCUGGCGCGCCAUUGGUCAAACCAACGGGCAUUACAAAAGCCCCGCCCCCUCCUGGGCGGGGCCAUACGGCAGGAAACCACGCCCCCCUCCUGGGGCAAACCAGGAAGCUCCGCCCUGAUUGGUGGGUGCGCUGAGGCCCCGCCCCCUCGGCGGAAGCCCCGCCCCCGGGCGGUCCCGACACUGGACGGGGGUCCCGGGAGCUUCGGGGGGCGACUGUGACCAAAUAAAAACUCCCGAGACCCCAAAACCGCC